AUCUUAUAGUUCAUAUAGUGUACAAACGCAUUCGUCUUGUGUCGUGCCUGUCAAUUGCGGUUGAGAAUUUGAGUCUAGUAGCUCUUUGCAUAUAAACAUUUGUAAAUUUCACAUUUGUUCCCAUUUUUCAUUUUUCCAUAUUAUUCAUACAACACCAUGUUGAGCCGUUUCGUCACCAAGACCGCUGUCAACAAGUCCGCCGUCUCGGCCAUGUCCAAGAGAUACUCGGCCAUCAUUUCUGUCCACAGAGAAUCCAAGCUUGACAACCAGAACAUAGCUUUUGAAUUCAACUCUGAGAACUUGAAGAGAGCCGACGAAAUCAUCGCCAAAUACCCACCACAAUACAAAAAAGGAGCUGUGAUGCCCUUGUUGGACUUGGGCCAGCGUCAAUUAGGAUUUACUUCCAUUUCCGUAAUGAACUACGUCGCUAAGAUGUUGGACAUGCCUCCUAUGAGAGUAUACGAAGUGGCUACCUUCUACACCAUGUACAACAGAAAACCCAUGGGCAAAUACAACAUACAAGUGUGUACUACCACCCCCUGUCAGUUGUGUGGCAGUGACGGUGUCAUGAAAGCCAUCCAGGACCACUUAAAGGUAAAGCCUGGCCAGACUACUCCAGACAAUUUGUUUACAUUGCAAGAAGUUGAAUGUUUGGGUGCCUGUGUCAAUGCUCCUAUGAUCGCAGUAAACGACGAUUUCUACGAAGACUUGACCCCAGAGGCUACUGUAGACAUCUUGAAGCAGUUCCAAGCUGGCAAAGAACCAAAGAUUGGACCCAUCAGUGGCAGAGAAAGCUGUGAGCCUCACAGUGGUGCCAAGGUGUUGUUGGGAGCCGAACCUACCGAUCUCAGAAAGUUCACCAGAGCCGACUUAUAGGCUCUUCAUAGAUGUACCGUACAUAGAUGUAAGUACACAGAUGUAAGUACAUAAAAGCAUAUUGUUUGACAUUUUUGCGUG